GCUUAAAGGCCAAACACCCCUUACAAUCCCUAUUUAUAUCCCCCUAAAUCCCUCUCAAUUUUCCACAUCCAACUCCCAUUUUUCACUCUUCCUUUGCUUAGUCAUUACAUUCUCUCUUGCUAGUCAAGGCUCACUCUCCAAAGAAACAUGGCUUAUUUUGGGAUUUGCUUUGUUGGUCUUCUUGCAAUGGUGUCAUCUGUUUAUGGUUAUGGUGGAGGAGGUUGGAUUAAUGCUCAUGCAACUUUCUAUGGGGGUGGGGAUGCUUCUGGAACAAUGGGUGGGGCUUGUGGAUAUGGGAACCUUUAUAGUCAAGGGUAUGGUACAAAUACAGCAGCUUUAAGUACUGCUAUGUUCAACAAUGGGUUGAGCUGUGGUUCUUGUUUUGAAUUAAGAUGUGUGAAUGAUAGACAAGGGUGUUUGCCUGGUUCUAUUGUGGUUACAGCUACAAAUUUUUGCCCACCAAACAAUGCCCUCCCUAAUAAUGCAGGGGGCUGGUGUAAUCCUCCACUUCACCAUUUUGACCUCUCUCAGCCCAUUUUCCAACACAUUGCUCAUUACAAAGCUGGAAUUGUCCCUGUUUCUUAUAGAAGGGUACCCUGUAGAAGAAGGGGAGGAAUCAGGUUCACAAUCAAUGGACACUCAUACUUCAACUUAGUACUAGUAACAAAUGUUGGUGGUGGUGGUGAUGUUCAUUCAGUAGCUGUUAAAGGAUCAAGAACUGGUUGGCAGCCAAUGUCAAGAAACUGGGGACAAAACUGGCAAAACAACAACAACCUUAAUGGACAAACACUUUCAUUUAAGGUUACAACAGGUGAUGGUAGAAGUUUGAUCUCAUACAAUGUUGCACCUGCUCACUGGUCAUUUGGACAGACAUAUACUGGUGCUCAAUUCCACUGAAAA